UGCAGAGUAUCGAAGAAGGAAAAUGCCUGAACCCGCCAAGUCAGCGCCCAAGAAGGGCUCCAAGAAAGCCGUGACCAAGACCGCCGGGAAGGGCGGCAAGAAGAAGAGAAAGACCAGGAAGGAGAGCUACGCCAUCUACGUGUACAAGGUGCUGAAGCAGGUCCACCCCGACACCGGCAUCUCCUCUAAAGCCAUGAGCAUCAUGAACUCGUUUGUCAACGACAUCUUCGAGCGCAUCGCUGCCGAGGCAUCUCGCCUGGCCCACUACAACAAACGCUCCACCAUCACCUCCAGGGAGAUCCAGACCGCAGUGCGCCUGCUUCUCCCCGGUGAGCUGGCCAAGCACGCCGUGUCUGAGGGCACCAAGGCCGUCACCAAGUACACCAGCUCCAAGUAAACUGGCUAUCAGACGUCAAUCCAACGGCUCUUUUCAGAGCCACACACUUUAAACUGACGAGCAUACUUCCUACUGACAAAUAUGCAGUUACUAUGUUGCCAACUACUUAAAUCGCGGAUGUAGACCUUUGUGUCACUGGGUGGUAUUAAUCCGCUGCACGGACCCAGACGACUGAAAUGUUUUUCUGGUUUUUAGAUUUUGAGAA